AUGUAUUCGAUAUACGAUCCUUUCAUUCACGUAUCCAGAAUUGAGAGUAUUGAUACUGUCACCCCUAUUGGAAUGACCCGAUCGGAUUUGAACCAAUCACCCGAUGACCCCAGGAGGUUUUACAUCGAUCUCAAUUGGACCCCAGUAAACGUCGGCGAAGAAACUGUAUGUUAUUAUGCAUCAGAUAACAAUGGAGUUUCAAGUGAUCAAGGGUGUUUUAAGGUUGUCGUGACAAAUUCUCCUGAAAAUGUGAUGGAAAAUCGACCAGAGCCUCAACCUAUGAGAUCACAUCCCACCCCCGGGGAAACAGUGUCACCCACCCUCAAGGAAUGGAAUAUCUACUAUUCAUCAAAU